CCGAACGAACGCGGCAACCACGAUUCACACGUUCGGCUUCGAGCCCAUCACCGUGAUGGAAAAGGAAACGGAUCUGGAAUGGCCCUGCGACGAGUGGCUGCUGAGCCCGGACACCUUGGAACUCAUCUACAAAUACCGCGCCGGGCUGCCUUUGCUUCUGGACCGGGAUGUAAAAAAGUUGAAGAAGCAGGUGGCGAUGGAACAGGAGGAGAAGCGGAGAAACACGACUCGGAUUAAAGCUGCCGAGGUGGGUAUCGCAAGAAAAAACUGUUUCACUGUGAACUUGUGAUGCAGAAAAAUGGAACACAGAACUAUUUGUCUUGCUAGACCUGCAAGACAUUGGAUUUUCAAGCGUGUUUUCCCUUGGGCAGCGCGCAUGACAAAUUUUCAGUGUCAUGUGUAACAAACUUGUGAUGCAGAUCUUGCAAAAUCAUCACAGUGAAACAGUUUUUUCGUGGGAUAGUGGGAGUCGAAGUCGAAGGAGAGAUGAACAAAGGAGCAAAGCAAUCCCAAUCACUGCAAGGAGAAUCAGCACGAGCAGGGGCACCAAAACAAGUACUAUCGGCAGGAGUCCUCGUUGAUGAACCAGUGCAAGAACAGGCAGCAGGAGUAGAACUGCAAGAUCAAGACAACGAGGAUCCGAGUAUGAUUAGAAUCAAGGAAGAACCAGUUUCCUCCGACGAGGAAUGCGAGAAGGUGGCGGUGGAACAGAAAGUGAAGGAUUUCCUCACCCAGCAGCACGAACAGACGUUCCAACAGCGUCUUGCGGCCAAUUACUUCGGGUUCGAGACCCCGAAGAACUUGACAAAUGGUAGGAGUAAAGAGCAGAAUAAAGCAACUUUCCACGACAUUAAUGCACGAGGAGGUGGACCUCGACCUGGUGAUUUUCAAGAGAACGGUCAGAACGGAAUCGAGGGAGCAGCAGGAGAGGAACACGCAGGCAUUCCCACCGUCAACCACGCAGAAGAAGCGAAAAAAAAGUUCACGAAAGCACAGCUGUUUCUCGUGAAUCAAAUCGACCGGUCGGAGCAUUUUUGCUACACCCCGAUUCUCCAUGCCAUCGAGGAGAACAACGACGCCGCGGUGCAGUGGCUGCUGCAGCACGGCGCAAUUUUACCCGCAGGCUUGCCGCAGGCGAGUGAGCGGAAUGCUUUUGAGAUCAAGUUUCUGAUGGAGCACGGGAUCGACCGAGACGCGAUGUACACGAACCUGUGGCCGGAGGACGGCGCCACCCGGGAGGACGGAGACAGCGAGUUUUAUGAUGAUUUCGACGAUGACUUUUCAGACGGUACAAGUUCGGACGAUGAGGAUCAGGAUGAUAACGAUCAUGCGCCAGAUGAUAACAACUCCGGCGGAGCCGGAGCUGGUCCUGGUGGUCCUCCUUCUGGUGCUGGGGACGAAGAUAAAGGGAACAACCACGGACCAGAGCCAGACAACAGCGAGGGGAAGGAUCAACGACAGCAUCCAGACAGCGAUAAAAAAGGCGGAAAUGACAAAUCUAACCCGGGCGGGGAUGAAAACGAGGACGAGGGCGAUCGAGGUGGCAAGGACAGGGAUGAUGGGUGUGGAAGUAGAAAAAGCAGCGAAAAAGAUGAGAACAUGAACAGUGGUGAGGAGCGGGAGCAGAAGAGAAGAAAAGCCGGUGACGCUGCAGAGCAAAGACGGGCCGCGGCGGCCUUGAUGGAACACAAGAACGAGGGGGACGAGCAGGAUAAAAUUAGUAGUGAUGUCGAGAAGAACAAGAAGAUGGCUCUGAAAAUGAACAUCGACAAUGUUGAGGACACGCUGACGCUUCAGGAAGACCUUUCCGAUGAAGACAGCAGCGACUUUUCAUCUCAUGAGAGCAGCAGCUCGGUCAGCAGCGACUCUUCGUCGUGUUCGUCCGAGGAAGACAGCAGCUCGGUCAGCAGUUACUUUUCAUCCGACGAAGAUGCCGAUGAAAACCUCGCAAAGGACCACGUUGAGAAAGAGGAGACUUGUGAAAAACGGGUCACAGAACUACCACAGAUAAUAAUUCCUGACAGCAAAAACCGACCUGCCCGGAUGGACAACUACAUUGAGCGGCCCCCUCGAUUUUUAGGACAACUUCAAGGAGCCGCGUUAAAUGCAAAAACAACUUCUGCGAUAAGAUUUGAAGAGGACCGCGACGCUGCUUUUGCGCUACCUGGAGCUACAGCUGCCGCGCCGUGGUCGUCCGAUUCGUCGUCGGAUGAUAGCGAUUCGGAUCUUGACUCAACCACGAACGACGAUGUUGAUGACUCUGCUUGUCGUUUCAAUCGGUCAACAUUGCGACCGGAGGUAGCUGAAGCGCGAAGUCAUUUCGAACAAUUCAAGAAGAGAAACGAUCUGUGGCAUCAAGGUGAGCAACCGAAAGAGCAGAACAUCAAGGCUAGCCACGCGAUGAAAAACAGUUCUGCCUUAGACCCCAGCGGCCUGACAGGACUCGACAAGGACAGUGAUCCUCCAAUCCCAGUGCCGAUUUUGUCUUCUUGCACGACAACUCUGGUGUCGCAGCAACAAGAUCCCGUUGGUAUCUCCGUCCCCAAAGUUGUAGCGACACCUGUACACGAACACGAAUUCGAAUGUGUAGCUCGACAUGAAGAACCGAAGCUACAGCCGGACCAGCCUGCAACCUGCCCGUGGAUGAGCAAAACUUUCACGAGCUUCCAGCCGCCAUUGAGAAUAGGCUUAGAAAAAGAAUUGCUGCCAACAUGUGUCAAGCCCCGAUGCCGCGACGGCCAGGAGGAUUUGGAGCCUCUCGAUAUCGCGAACGUGCCCACCUGCGCCGCCGCGAGCGAUCUGAAUUUGGCGAACUACGAACUCGCUGCUUUGGAAAGCGAAAGUAGCCCAGAGGAGGACGACACCGACAGUAAUUAUUCGGAGGAGGGUCUUCAGGGUCGCCGGCCAAGCAUUGAUGCGACAAAGGACCACGACAUCAGUGUGUCGCCUUGCAAAGGUGAAGAUGAUCCUGGGAUUGAGAGUAGGAGCACUACGGCGGACGAGAGUCCGCCUGCGGACGAUGGCGAGGAAGAUUUAUUUCUCGUCGGAGAGUCGGAGUCCUCCUCUGAAAGGGAAAGACCCUUUGUUGGCGUAGAAGAUGUGAAGAAGUUCACGGUCAUGGAGGAUGUUUUGUCCGCGGUGGACCAUCAACCAACUAUGCAAUCCACAGGCGAACAAGAGGAAGACUGCAACAAGACUUUAUUCGACGAUAUUGUGGAAGACUGCAAGAUGAACACGACUGUGCAUGUACUCGACGACCAGUGUAAUAGCCACCUUGAUGUGCAUCUUCUUCUUCAACCGGAGCAGCAGUCCGUCGUCGCGAAAGAGUACGAGCUAAGGCAACUUGAUCAUGUUACCCCCGACGCGUUGAGCCCAGAAGAACCGGAGCUCAAGCAGAUUCGCGAUCAAGAACCGCAGCAAGAAAAAGAGCAGAAAAUAUUAAAUGCCGCGGCCCUGCUACAGGAACAGGAGCCUUCUGAGCAGGAACCUUCUGAACAGGAGCCUUCUGAACAGGAACCUCCUGUGAUCAUCGAGCCCAGGCCUCUUCUCCCUUUCCCACACACCGCGUUCCAGCCACAAGUUCUGGAGGACACCAGCUUUUUAGAAGCGAAUUAUCAACACCAAGAGGACCUUCACAACUCUACGUCGCUGCAGGGUAAAAAUCAACAAACUAACAACAAUACUGCCAACAACAACUCUGCUGCACAAGAACCGUCACCGUCCGGCCAAGUGGAGGACAAUCAAAACCCAAGUUCAUCCCCGCCGCACGACGGCGAUCCGAUGUUGGAAGACGAAGCUAGUCCGCAGAAGGACCCGACCAAGCAUCGACCGGUGGAGCACCGGUUGUGGGAAACGCGGUUGGUGCACCAGCACGGCUCCAUCGCUGACGCGCCGAGCCACAAGAGGUGGCUGAUAGAAUUUUUUGAUCCGAAGGAGCCAGAGGUCACCAUCCCAUACGGUAGUAUCGAGUACGACGCUUUUUUGAGUUAUGCGUUCAAAUACGCGGGACUGCAGAUGGGCUGGCCGGAAACAGCGGAAUACAGUAAGGAAAUUAUGGAGGAGGAGAACAUGCGCGGGCACAUGCAAGGGCAUCGGUGGGCGAGCAAGGAGGAUGAGGAAGACCAGGACAAGAGCCAUGGGGUUUUGUUGGCUGAGUAUAAUACAACGCGGAAUGACCCCCGCGGUAGGGAUAGGGAAGCAAGGCGUCAAGUGGCGGAAGGAAGGAGCAGGGAGCUGAUGAUUGACAUCGAAGGGAACAGCAGUAAUCGUCUUGGGGACGUCCUCGAGGGAAGCAUCAAUGAUAGUGCAGCUGGUCAGAUGCUGCCGCCGCCGAGCACUACGACCUACACGACGAACGAUAUCAACUUUCCGCCCGACAAGAUGCUGGCGGAAGCAAACGAUGACCCGCUGGGACCACCUUCAGGGAGAGUCGGAGUUCAUGCAGUUGGAAGGAGUAUCGACGAAAACCAAAACACACAAGCUAUUUCGAUGCAGUUGCCGCUUGAACCGGCUGCAGGAGCUACCUUGGGGGCAGAAGCAGUACAUCUACGUGUAGGAGGUACCCACGACAACGCGGACAACGUAGAAGAAGAGCAGGAGGGGGCACUAGAUCAGGAGCGCGCAGACGAUUCUGCGGGCGCUGGGAGUGGAGACCACGACCAAACCAAUGCAGUGGAAUCGUCGGGAGGUCGUGAAGGGGUCGAGAGAAUAAACAGCAGCGCUGGAGGAGAUUUUGCGCCUGCUGCGGCGCAAGAUGAAGUUGAAGAGGGAGGAAUUUCUGCACUUGUUCCCGCGGAUUUUGAUAUUAGUAAUUCUCGUACCAGUCAGCUGCAGCAGAACAACCUUUCUACGACGGCACCAGAUGAACAAGCACAUCAGUCGUCAGUGCUAGCGAAGCCUCAGGAGGCGGGUAUCGUCGAACAGCGUGGUCCUGGCACAAAUCAAAAUAGUACGACUGAAAAUAUUAACGAAGGCAACGAGAAAAAAGUUGUUAAAACUGAUGACAAAGAGAGAACCGCUACCGCACAAGGGGAACAACAAGAAGACGGAAAGAGCUCUUGCUUUCCGCCCUCUCCCGCAAACUCGUUGGAGGUGAACGAUUCUCCGAUGGUGAUUAAGUCACCAGACUUGAUGAAGAAUCUACUUCCGCACAACAAUAACAAAAGGAGGAGCACUGCAGCAGCUGCUGGGCGGAAGAACAAAAACGAGAAAGAGGAGAAUCAGCAACAAGGCAGUAGUAGUUUUUCUACCAAGGAGCCGCUGCAUCUGAAGCAACAAAAGGAGGCUCACGAUAGUACGAUGAAUACAGCCGGAGAUCACAAAGUUAAAGGUGUAGAAGUACAAAACGAAGAUGGAGAAGGACAACACACGAACAAAGCAAAGAGUUGCAAGAAGCCAAAAAUGAACAACAAAAAACCGCCUGCCCUUCUUGAGGAACAUGAAAAAGAAGUUUUGAGUGGUGAAAAUCGAGAUCGAAGCACAAAGAAGAUUGAGAAACGGAAGAGCCGUGCACGUGCUGGCGAAGAUGCCGGCUUCAUGUUGAACAAAUCGUCGAAGCAGAAUAACGCAGGACCAUCAUCCUCAGCACGGAUCGUUAAACGAGGACAAGAAGAACCUGCAGACGAUGGCACGAAAAUAACUGGGGAACAGCAAACAGCAGAAGACGAUCAACAGGCUAUUUUUCAAGGUGCUGGCAGCAGCUCUGUGAAAGGCAAGAAUGCACCAGCGCAGAGCAGCAGCACUGCUGCAGGAGGAGCGAGCGCGCCGAAGGCUGCUGCAGGUAAAUAUGAAACUUUUCUUUGAAAAAAAACAUGAAUUAAUGGCGUUGAGUGUCUUUUAUCGGGUUGUAGAUUUGGAUUUGGCUGUUUUGUUUAUUUUGAAAUUCAUGCGUUUUUUUUGUUCUUACAAGGAGAAAUGCUUAUUUGACCGGGGCUGAACUAAAUUUGUACUAAAAUCAGGCUCCACUGCAAAGCGGCGACGAAAAGCGUAAAAGUGUGCUUAGGUUGUGGUAAGCGUAAGCAUUCCACCUACCGAUGGCGACGAAAAUCAUCACUCGGGAUUGGGUUAGUACUGGGGAGAGGGACGACUGUUAUUCGAGAUGGGGAAGUUGUGGAGGAUUCUUUUUGACGACAUGCAAAUGAAGUACAACAACAUCAUGACAUCGACAUUCAUAAAAAAACAUGACAAGACAAGCGAACGACACAGAGACUUUCUGAUAUCCAUCUUCAUAUAGAAAAGUACAACUCAGUGCUGG